AUGGAAAACCUCAAGUAUGGGACUACCAUUGCUACUUCGUCAGUCUGUUCUGAUAAGUCGCGAUGUUCAAACAAUCUUAAAUUGGACAAGAAUCGAUAUUGUUACUCACUCGACCUAACCCGCAAAUUUCUUCUUUUCAUGAACGAUACAGUUGAAAAAAUCAAAAGUGUCGAGCACAUUGAAAUAGUCAAUGCAAACUUACCAAGAGGCAUUUUGCCUAUUAAAGAGAAUGCAAACCGCGUGUCGGACAGACUAAGAAAGCAUGUUUCAGACACAUUUACUCAAUUUAAAAGAACACGGUCAGGUACAAAACGCAAACUAUUUUUUGAAAAAACGGUACACAUGCACCUCUAUGAAAGCGAAGUGUACACUGGUGAAGAAUUAAAUGAAAGGGAAAAUGAAAUUUACCACAGAACAAUUGCAUCCCUUUAUAAUGAAUUGAAAACAGUUCAGGAAAGAUUAAACAAGCAGGUUCUAACAGAAGUGCAAUUGAAUGAUGAUCUUCAAUAUUUUAAAGAAACAAAUGCAAAACUCAACGCGUAUAUCAAAGAACAUAUUCUACCUUUUGUAAAUAAAGGGAAACCACUCGAUCAGUGUAAACGGUCACAAAAGAUGAAUAAGGUCUCAAUUCUUAAAUCAAGAGUCGAAAAAGCACUUUGGUUUGCCAAAUCUUUUGGUGUUAAAAUAGAAUCUGUAAGGUUUAGUGACAUGGCCGGUAAAUCCUACGAAUUAGGAAAGGGGCUUAACAAGCCUGUUCAUUAUGAAGAUAUGGAAGAGUCUGAUAAGGAUAAAAUAAAAUCCAUCCUUUACAUUUUAGAUUCUUUUGGCAUCUCUGAUGAUGCUUACCAUGAGUUAUCAGUUGCAAACGAUUCCAUGGUUAGAUCGUAUCUAAUAAAAGAAUGCAGGGACAGUUUAAAUGAAAUGUGUACAAUUUCUCAGACUCCAGGUGACUCUCCUGGAGCACAGGUUUGUCUCAAAGAAAGCCUAGAUAAAUUGUUAUGCGAAACUAUCCCAGUUUCUGAAUCGGAUGAAUCAAAUCCUCCGAAAGCCCAAGUAAAAUUUGCUGCGGAUGGGGCAAAAGUAUCACGGUUAUCAACAUUUUUAGUCUUAUCCGUUGCGGUUUUGAACGCCGGUGAAGAGGUCAUGUCUGCUAGUGGACAACACACUCUCGCUAUUGUAAGCGCUGACGAGUCUUACAUUUCAAUCAAAGACUCUUUCAACAACAUAUUUGAUGAUAUAAACGAUAUCAUUAAAACAAAACGGAAUGACAAAAUAAUUUACACAACAAGUAGUGGUAGACAAUUUGACUUGGAACUGUUUUUAGGGGGUGAUAUGAAAUUUUUGUUGUUGGCUCUCGGCUUAAAUGCUGCUAAUUCCAAAUAUGCGUGUCUCUAUUGCAAAAUUGCAAAAGAGGAUCGUUAUGAUAUGACGAAAGAUGAGAUGUAUUAUUGGGGACAAUCGAUGGUUAGAAGUAUCGUUGACAUGAAAAAACUGUCCACUAGAAAGUUUAACUAUGGCUGUGUUAGACUCCCUCUUCUUGAUAUACCAAUAGACCAUGUCAUAGUAGACGAGUUACAUCUUUUGAUGCGCAUCGGCGAUGUUCUCAUAAGAAAUUUGAUUGAAAAUUCGGUGAAUCAAGAUCAAAAAAGCAGUAUUUCGACAAAGUCAAAGGCAAGUUUAAAACGAACGGAGUUAGUAAACUGUAUACAAAAUUGUGGCGUUAAUUUUUGUAUAUGGGAAACAAAGGUUAAGGAUGGGAGGGGAGACUUCUUGAAAAAUUUAGAAUGGACAAGUUUAACAGGUUCAGACUUCAAAAAAUUGUUGAAGUUUCUCCCAGAACAGCUGGCAAACAGUACAAUUUUAGACACUAGCAACAAGACCAAAGUUAUUGAGUUAUGGGUAGCUUUCGGCAAAUUGUACUCAACUCUAAGUGAGUGGAACCCUCCUCUAGACAAAAUCGAUUUUUUUUUCGAGGAAAGUAAGAAAUGGAUAAACGAAUUUUUGGACCUUGGUCGAAGUUUAGAAGGGUACGACUCAAAAUGCAUAACUCCUUACAUGCAUAUACUAGUGUAUCAUGUCCCACAAUUAAUGAAAAUGUAUGGUGGGAUAAAACAAUUCACACGACAAGGUGUCGAAAAAACCAAUGAUGAUAUUAAGCUGAUUUAUCAUCGAAAAACAAAUAAACAUGCGGCUACAUCCGAGGCUCUGCGUGUAAGGUAUCGAAAAUACUUAAAUCGAAAAUGUUCUCGUAUAAAGCGGAAAUACAACAAAAAAAAUCAAGUGUAUUGGGUUGGAGGAGGAAAACGACACGUUUUUCUGAGAUAUAAAGCAAAAUUAAAACAUUAAACGUUUAAAAAUUUAACCGGCCUCGUCUGUUGCGACUGAAGUGUAUGCAUUGUAUACUAUACUAGUAUACAUGGUGUCUCUACGUAAAGGUACAUACAUGUAUAUAUGUACAGUACGUGUACAUACGAACAUGUACAUAUUGAUGCAGUUUAUAUAAAUAUUGACAAUUAUACUGAAUUGCACAGUUCUGACUUUGAUUUUGGAUUGAAAUAGAACAACAUGACAUCAUUGACAUGAUGAGUUCAUUUUAUCAUUUAUUUAUUCUUAAAUUAAUAUAAAUUUAUAAUAUGUAUUAUUUACAGUUUUUAAAUUGUUAUCGUAAAACGCAUAUAUAUUAUAUGAAUCAAGUUACAAGAUAAUAAUGAGUUUUAUGUUCAUAUGUUUAUAUUUGUUAAGAACUGAAAUAAAAAGAAUUGUAAACCUGAAAAAAAUCUAUUUGUUGUCUGAUAAUUUACUAGCACGACAAAAAGCAACAUACUUAUCAUGGAAUGUGCGUUACGGGCGGUUGGGGUACGAAGUAUAUUUAUAUAUAACUGAAUAUAUCCAAGUUGACAUCCCGUGGUUUGGAACAGAUCAUUUUAAAACUGAGG